UUAUUUCAUCACUAUCCUCAUCAGACUAAGAACUCCAUUUCACCAUCAAAAUUUCACACAAUAUACCAUCACUCUCAAUUACCAAAUCCUAUCUUUCAUCAUGAAGGCAUCCGCAGUCAUCAGUCUCUUAGCAGCCGCUGGCUUUUCAGCUGCCGUACCAUCAUCCAACCAGAUUAGAUCUAUUGGUGACGUGCUCCCGAACCUCAAGCGUGACGUCUCGGGCGCCGGCUUCACUCACGUCGGAUCUGACAACGUGGUGCGCACCUUUGACAAGAACUUCAACGUGGUCGACUUCGCGCAACUCGAUGACCGGGCCGCAGACGGAAAUUGGCCUAGAAGCCCAAGCGUUGACGUCCUCAACGAGGCCAAGCAGGCUAAGGCCCGUGCCGAGGCGCAGGUCUCCAAGCCACAGAAGCCUCGCACCCCUCUAGACGAUAGACAGGAGAAGAGCUGUGUUAGCGAGAACUGCCCUAACGACGAAUUCUGUACGGGCCUCUCGGUCUAUGGUUACGACUGCUCUUCCUGCCUAUUUGUUACCCAGAACAUCGGAAACUGCCAGCAGUAAUGGGUCUUUCAGGGAAAACAUAG